AUGUCUUCCCCAGGACAAGGGAAAGGAAAAAAUAAACGCAAAGGUAAGGGACGUGGAAGAGGACGAGGAAGAGGACAAGAUUUACCAUCUAACCCUGGCAGGACUGAACAUGUUGGGAAGGCUCCUGAUGAGGAUAGGAAAACAACUGAGGAGGAGCCAGGUUGUAUAAAUCGUACGGAUUUAACAGCUGAUUUUGAUGAGAAACCUGCCGCUGGUGCGUGCGGUAAUUCGACAAAUGGUACCGUUGUUGAUAAACUAGGACAGGAGGAAAUCUUCCCCUCUGCCAGCGGAGAGACGACAACAGUUGAGGAACACAGUCAAAGGGGAAGUUCUUCGGGUGAAACACCAUCAAAGUCUAAAAAGACCAAAGGAAAACAACGCGGUACACAAUCAAGUCCUCCUGACGAUAAAGGCAAAGGUACUUUUAGUCAAACUGAAGUUUGCUGAUUUUCUGAGAAGGAAUGUUGUGUGCAUUUAAUAACAACAUGUAUUUAGAACGACAGCCCUUUCUUUUCUGUGAGAAGCUUUUUUGCCAAAAAUUCGAGGCAUUAAUAGCAUUGGGAUCUAAAGAAAAAAAAUAACAUUUCCCGAGGGAAAAAAAACUAAAAUAUUAAACUUUUAUUGAGAUCAGAUAUACUCUGAUCGACCACAGACCCUCUUGUAUUAGAGGGAGGGCAGUUAAAAAAAAGCGAAAAAAUAGGAUGAAAGAAAGAAAAAAUUGUCUAUGAAUGGUUUCAGGUGAACUUUUAGAAAUACUGUGUUAUGAAUGUUCUUUUGCUGUCUUAUGAUCUGAACUCAAUUUCAUGUAAGGAACUAAGUUAAUCUCAACCAGUAGAUUGAAUUUAUUUUCUAUUUAUUCAAAGCUUCCACUUUGCCUCCGGGUGCAGCAGCAGCUGAUGCUUCGUCAACAAAAACUGUUGGUGGUACCACCCCAUCUUCGGCUGCUGUUACAAGCAGUACAGCGGCAGUGGACAGAGAAGUUGAAGAUGUAACUAAAAAGCUAGGUUCUUCUCUGGGAAGUGGAGGUACAGUAAAAGCCUUUAACUCUUUUUUUCAUUAUUUUUUAUUGUGGUACAAUAGUAACACUACAAUGCAUCGCAAGAACUUAGUUUACAUAACAUUACAAUGUUGAGAAAAAGGAAAGAAUAAAAAACAUUAAUGAGAAAAUAAAAAGAGUACUGACAACACAAAUUAAGCAUGGAAAUAAAUGCAAAAAGGAGGGGGUGUCUUCAGUGCCACAAAUUAUUUUUAACAAUGUUUCAAUACUCUUUUAUUAUAUACAAUUUUCAGUAACAAGCAGUGUAGAGGAACUUAUCUAUGUUAAAAUAUUUUUAAAGAUUCUGAUGAUAAGACUUCAUCUACUGUGUUGGGGGCCUGGAAAGUGGCAGAAAGAAGACAGCACUCUUAUUUUCAAAAUCACACAAAAUGGCUCCCCAGAAGCUACCAUAACAGUUGAAUAUUGUUCUAAAUAUUUCUUUGAAUUAGGAUUUUUAUUUCUAGUCCAAGUAUCAAAAAAAACAAAAAUGAGUAUGAAAUUUAUUUGUACUCAAAUGCUGACUGUGAUGUAUUGAUUGGGUUAAUUCUCUCUCAGAACACACUCCUCGUCAGACUCAAGCAAACAGUGGAAUGCGUCCUCCUCUCAGACCAGGCUAUGGCACAAAGGGUCGCCCUAUAGCAUUAAGGGCAAACUUCUUCCGCCUCAAUAUCUCACCACAGCUUUCAGACCUGUACCACUACGAUGUUGAAAUAACUCCACAAAGAUGUCCUAAAAGUGUUAAGAGAGAUGUUGUUAAUGAAAUCAUUAAUAAGUACAAACAGACAACAUUUAAAGGCCAUCAUCCUGCUUUUGAUGGAGAAAAGAAUUUGUACAGCAGGAUAAAGCUACCUGUUCCUGUGAGUUUCCUAUCAACAGCAUUUUGUAAUGUGAUAUAGUUACCCCUCAUUGAUGUACGAGGCGAUUAAAGGCCAAUGCUAAAAAGUUUAGCUUUAAAAACUCAUUACACAGGCCAAUUUAUAUUAUCAACUCAGUUGAUAAAACUAGAUUAUCUUGGAAAAAAAAUAAUUUGAACUGCAACACAUGUGUAAACAUUGCAUAAAAGAAGUAUGAAGACAUCACUUUGUGAGCAACACUUAAUUGUUAAUUGAGCAAUUUUUAAUUGUUAACAAUUAAAUCUAACUUCAAACAAGGAUGGCCUUGGUUAAAAGAAAAAAAUGAGAAAAUAUGAGUGUUUAUGUUUUACACUUUGUCAUGAAAUAUCUUUCAGCCAACCCUGGAAUUCUUUCAAUACUCUAAUCCACAAAUCUCCUGUUGGAGUUAAGGAGUUCUUUUCCUUUUUUUGUGUAACUUACAGGCUGAACUUAAUGUUAAACUACCAGGUGAAGAUGGAGGAAGAGACAAGGAUUUCAAGGUUAGCAUUUGCUUUGAUAUAUGUCACAUACAAGACAUAGUGUACACAACAAUACACUGAUAAUAAUGCCUUGGUGAUAGUCAUUUUUUGAAUGCAAUUACUCUUUUGCAUUGAAUGGAUGAUAAACAAUCAGUUUAAAAAUAAACUUGACAUAGUCUGCAAUUUUUAUCUGUUGCUCAAGAUGGAAUGCUAUCUGCAGAUCUUUAGAAUUGUCACAUUUGUGCUGAAAGAAUUACUACUGAAUAUGCAUAAUUUGAAAUUUUAGGCAGCUUGUAGACAUACCAAAUAGAUAAUAAUUUCAAAAUAUUUUAACACUUAUUCUUGUUUAACCCACCAGGUUAAAAUUCAGUUUGCUGCUGCGGUAAGUCUUUUGGAACUUAACAACUUUUUGAGUGGAAAACAAUAUGGCAAAAUACCUCAGGAUGCAGUACAGGCAUUGGACAUUGUGGUGCGACAGAUGCCAUCAAUGUAUUACACCCCUGUUGGAAGAUCAUUCUUUCCAUUUGAUGGUCAAGGAAGACCCCUGGGAGAGGGAUGUGAGCUGAAAUUUGGUUUUUAUUCAACUAUUCGGCAUUCUGAGUGGAAGGCCAUGCUGGUAAACAUUGAUGGUGAGUUGUUGUUAUUGGUAAAAUUUUAUAUAAAUUACAUGUUCUUACCAUUGCUUCAAAAAAAAUUUGAGAAAUACUUGAAAUGUAAUGUCUGCUUGGUAAUAUCCAAGUCUUAAGAAAUUUAUUUUCAAGAGCAUACUGUAAUUCUGGAAAUGAAAUACUGUUUCCUUUUGAAAUUGAGCUUCCCAGUGUUGAUCUUGAACCCGUUAACCCUUUACAGUCCCUAACAUCAGUAUGUAUCUUCUCCAUACUGUUCUCUAUAUAUUUCAAAGAACUGUCCAAUGUUUACAUAAUAUUCUCAGUGAGUUUCUGUACUUUCAGUCUCUGCAAAAGGAUUUUACAAAGAUCAAGCUGUUGUUCCUGAUUUCCUGUGUGAAACGCUUAAAGUGCAACCCCAUAAUCUUGAAGACCGCCAAUUUGAACCUGACAGACGGAAGCUUGAGAAAGCCAUACGCGGUGAGUUGCUUUGUUUUCUGUUCUCUAACCAUUAUUAUUAUAAAUAUCUGUGUACAGGUAUGUUCAUUAGGGUGGUCUGUUCAUUGUGGUGGUUUGUGAAUUGUGGUGGGGUUAUACCAAGCUGCAAAGCGGGAAUGUAAAUAUCCACCAAUUUCAUUCAGAAACUGAGGUAAUUAUUAAUAAUUAUUUUCAAGUUAGUACACAGAGAAGCCAAAAUGGAGUAUCCUUAUGUAUUUUCUCUAACUUGCCAAAAAGUGGCCAGAAAGUAAACUCUUGAUAAUUCUGUCUCUUUGGCUACAUGGAGAAGUAUCUUGUAUGUUAUAUGUACUUGCUAAUCUCUUCCAAAUUCCAAGCCAGCAAAUCAGCAUACCAGUAAGGUAUUGUAAAAUACUUAUGAUGAUUAUAAUUAUAGUAUGUUAUAUUACAAUUAAUGUAUUUUUUAUUAUUUUGUAAUAUUGCAUUGUUUCAUAUUGCAUUACAUGAGUUUAUAAUUAACUUUGAUACCUUUUUUUUGCAAACUAAACUUAAAUUAUAAAUAUAAAAUAAUAUGAACACUUGUUCAUAUAUAUUUGUAAACUUCACUCUUAUCAACUGCAUACUUGGAUGAUGGUGGAAGCUCACUUGAUUCUGUAAACAUUUUUUUAAGCAAUAUCAUAGUAUUUCCAAUGUUUUAUCAAGUAUGAAUUAUGGGCACUCCUUUGAUUUGUAGUUUAAAUGACUGAACUUUAUUCUUAGUGUUUACAUAGAAAAAAAUUGGCCUCUGAGUUCCAUAAUAUCUUACCUAAAAGUGAUAAUAAAAUAGGGUACAGCAGAGUUAUAUUUUAAAUGGCCUUGAAUUUUGUAGACUUGUGUUUAUUAAACUUUAACACAAUAUCCAUUUUGAGAGAAUUAAUACUUUUUUAAAGAAGCUUAAUAGUGGUAAUAUUGUCACGAGGACAUACAUAUUUUUUAUUUUCUUUUGAACAGCUUUCAUAUAAUAAUGAAAAUUUAAAUAACUUAAUAGAGUCUUAAGAUUUUUCUGACUCUGUGUGAUAUUUUUUGAUUAAGGUAAUAAUAUGUGAUUUUUUUUGGGUGUGUUACAGGAAUUCGUAUACAAACUACUCAUGCUAGCUCUAUAAAGAGGAAGUACACAGUUUGGGGCGUGUCAGGAAAUUCAGCGGACAGAAUGCAGUUUGAUGUAACAGAUGAGGCAAUAGGUCACACAUCCAAAACAACUGUUGCAGAUUAUUUCAAGGAUAGAUACGGGCUAAUUUUGAGGUGUGAACUGUAUGAUUAGUAUAACCUGUGGGCUGUUUAUUAUGCGCAUAUUGUGGGCUUCUCACGAAUUUCACAAGAGUUUGUUUCCUUCUCAGAAGUACUGCUGCAAAAAAUGAGAGCUUGCACAAUUUUACAUUUGCUUUAAGGUGUCUUAAUAUUAAGCUUUGUUAUCUGUAGGUACCCUCACCUACCAUGCUUACAAGUUGGACAGAAAAAGGACAGGUAUCUGCCCAUGGAGGUGUGUACCAUUAUUCCUUGUCAAAGAAAGCAUUUGUCUGAACAACAGACUACAGACAUGAUCAAAAGCACUGCACGCCCUGCGCCUGAGCGACAGCGUGAUAUUCAACACUGGGUAGGUUAAUUUCCCACUUGAAGUCUUUUUUUGUGUUUGAAUUGACUUGCAUGUAUCUUUUUCAUUUUGGGUAUUCAUUGUGCCAUGGUAUACUUUGUUAUUAACAAAAUUUGUAGUUUGCGAAGCAAAGCCUUUUCGAGGUAGAUUUCAUUUUGCAUGUAGCUAAAAAAAAUUUGCGUCUGUUAUGGAGCAAAACGAAUAUAACGACAGUCGCUACAACAACGAAGUUCUUUGGCUCAGACGAAGGGCUGACGCUCUAAACGUCAGUUUUAGAAACUCUUCACAUUGGCCAAUUUACAUUAUCAACUUAUUUGACUGAUGCUAAGUUAUCGUGUUCUACCCCUUCCCCUCCCCCCCUGGCGCAACACCACAGUUUCUUUAGAAAUUUACCCCCUUUGAACUUAAUAAGACAACGACUCCUGAUUGGUGCAAGUCGAACAGGAAACGAACUAGAGCUGUUUAACAUCUUAAGUAAUUUUUUUUUUUGAUUGAGAUACGUUACAACUGUAGAUCCUCUGUUGUUCUUAUCAAAAGAGGUCGAUAUUACUAUUUAGAUUCCGCGAUUUUUUUGUUCUUUUUUCAGCAAGGUGCGCAAAAAUGAAUACAAAUUCAAAGAAAUGCCUGAGCCACGUAGUCCAAUGGUGACUACACAAAAUAUCCUCAACGGAGUUUUUUGCAAAAGCAUCGACCUCCUGAAAAAAAAUGUUUGAACUCUUCUUGUGUUAAAAAUGCUAAUGUUUCUCUUAUGCGAUUUAAAUCUUAUUAGGUCCAAGAAAUGACUCGAGCAAGUAGUAAAUACUUAAGAGAUGAGUUCCAAACCUCAGUCAGCACAGAGAUGGUUAAGGUGGAAGGACGUGUGCUUCCACCACCCAGAAUCAACCUUGGGCCGCAGGAUCAGCCAUUGGUUCCUCGUGAUGGUUCAUGGGAUAUGCGCAACAAAUCGUUGCAUGAUGGAGCCCGCAUCGAUAAGUGGGCAUUGGCUUGUUUUUGCGGGAGAUGUCGGGAAGACCAGCUGAGAAAUUUUUCUAAGCAAAUGGGCAAUGUAUCCAGUCGACAGGGUUUGAGGAUGUCAGAGGAGCCAGUUGUUGUGAGAUACGGCAGGGGUGCCAGAGAGGUGAGAUAUCUUCACAUUUGACAGGUGUUACGCGAAAACGAAAUGAGUGUCAUUGAAAAAUCCACUGAGCAGAGUUCAGAAGGGUACUCUUUGCUAAAACUAUGAACAGUGAAGAAUGAGUGGACAGUGCUGUUUACUUAUUCAUCGGGUAGUGAUUGGGUGUCAAAGGAAUUGAGUGGCGCUACUAACGAUCCAAGCUUUGAUUAUUUACGCCCUUAAGGCUCUACUUUGCAAGCAAGGAAUUCUCAGGUAAAAGAGAAUUGUUUCUCUCUUCGUCACGUAGGACACUUGUAGAUUGCUUUAUUUGUGUUUUUUUUUUGUAUUUCACGCGCUCCUUAAGCGAUCGAUACGACCCUCAAGUAAUGCCUUAGGGAUUAUUUUGGAAACUUGAAAAUGAAACAGCGGUGGAAGAGCAUAUGCCUCAUUCGACGAGCAAUGAGCAAAAUGUCCGUUUGUAUUACAUGGUGAACUUUCAAAUAAGGUGUACUUUUGUACAGAAACUCAGAUCACGCGUAAGGUAGCAAUUAGUGUUCCUGUGUUAGAUCCAUCUCGUAGAAUGAUAACAGCAAAUUGUGUUACACUUAUGGACAGAUUAGAAUUCUUUUAUUACAAAACAAGUAGAGUUUGAAUUCAUGUAGGCUUCCAUGAUUUUAUUUCAUUUUUAAUACUUUCAGGUAGAGAGUUUGUUUUCUAAAUGGGUUGUGGACAUUCCAGGCCUACAACUGAUCAUGGCUAUUCUGCCCGAGAGAGACAAACAAAUCUAUCCGGAGAUAAAACGUGUCGGAGACAAUGUCAUUGGAAUUCCAACGCAGUGUGUUCAGUCAAAACACGUAAACCGUACCAAUCCCCAGGUUUGCGCCAACAUUGCGUUGAAGAUUAACUCCAAACUUGGUGGAAUUAAUCAUGUUAUAGAUCCAGGUGUAAAGUCGCCUGUUUUCAGAGAACCUGUUAUUAUCUUUGGCGCCGACGUCACCCACCCCUCCCCGACUGAAAAUGGAAUUCCUUCCAUUGCUGCUGUUGUAGCGAGCAUGGACGCUAAUGCCACUAAGUACUGUGCACGAGUGCGAGCACAGAACCACAAGAGUGGUAAAGGUGCGCAAGAGAUAAUAAAUGACUUGGCGGUUAUGGUGAAAGAGCUUUUAAUUGAGUUUUACAAAGCCAAUCGGAAGCUUAAGCCUAGCAAAAUCAUCUUCUACCGGGACGGAGUCAGCGAGGGUCAGUUUGACCAAGUUCUUGUUCAUGAGGUGCGGGCUGUACAACAGGCCUGUAUUAUGCUUGAAAAAGAUUAUCGCCCGAGAAUCACUUUUGUUGUGGUUCAGAAGCGCCAUCAUACGAGAUUGUUCUGUGAAAACCAACGAGAUGAAGUUGGCAAAGCAAGGAAUGUUCCUCCUGGUACAACAGUGGACAGCGGUAUCACACAUCCGUAUGAAUUCGACUUUUAUUUGUGCAGUCAUUAUGGAAUCCAGGUACAUCAGCUUUAACAUGACAUGUCGAGUUUUUUUUCGUGAUUGGGAACUUGAUUAUUCUUUGUCAAUCAAACCCUUACCUUUUCUUGGUUGCAAUGUAGCUGUGCUAUCCCACCAACUGGGAAAAAAACUACGGCAUUUUUUUGUCUCUUUGUGUCUAGUCUUCUAUUCAUCUUUGAACGUGUGAAAGAGCACCAUCCUCUCCACACAUUUCAUAAAUAUAAGUACAACUCUGACAUGAAUUACGAGAGGUUUGCUUAAGUGGUGGACUAGUAUAGGAUGAUUUGCAUACGGGUUGUCAAAUUCAAAAAGUCUCGAAGGCAUUCAGGUUUCCGAAUAAUCUCGUUCCAAAGUCUUUAACGGAAAAAUCUUUAUCCAUAUGGAUGGCAUUAUUAUUCCUCCUGUGACCUUAUCGAAAAAGAGAGGGAAAAUCGUUUACAUAUAAUUAUUUCUCUUCCACGAACUAAAAAUUUUAAAACAUGGCUUUAGGACAGCUGUGUAAACUUUCUGGAACAACCUACCCAGUAACCUAAGUCAGACAAAAUCAUAAUUUAGUUGAUUCAAGCUAUUACUUGGUUUUUAUUUUGAAGUUAGUGAAACACCAAUUUUGUGAUCAGGUUGAGCUCGUAUCGAUUUUAGAUUAUUUAUUUUGUUUGAGGACGUUUUAAGGCAUGCGUGAGACGUAGUUCCCUUUGUUAAAACAGUCAUUUAUUUCUUUUUUUUUUUCCUCAAUAAAGUUUACUCUGAUUUUACCCCGGCUUAUAGGGAACAAGCCGACCUACACACUAUCACGUGUUGUAUGACGAUAACUCAUUCACAGCAGACGGCCUUCAGCAACUCACAUACCAGCUAUGUCACGUGUACGCACGGUGCACACGCAGUGUUUCUAUGCCAGCCCCCGCCUAUUAUGCCCAUUUGGUGGCUUUCAGAGCCAGACACCACGUGACCGGAAAUGGAAGGUUAGUGUUCACAGACUUGAUGACCCUUGUAUUUUUAUUGGAAUUUGUGUUCGAGUUGUUACUUUUUCUCUUUGUCUUACUUUGGACUGUCAGUUGCUUAAAAAACGUUUUAACUUUUUAGCACCGCUAGUCCUUACUAAACAUGAUUCCUCUUCCGAGCCAGUUUACUUGUAAAGUUUUAUUAAAAGUAGAAUCUUCUUGUUUCAGUAUCGACCUGGAGAAGUCUGCAAAAGCCAUCGAAGUCAACGCUAAGAUGAAAGGAGCCAUGUACUUUACUUAGCUAUUCAGCGGGAAUAUGAUGUGCACAUGCGCAAUUUAACGUAAUGGCAAUGACGAACACAACGAAAGAAAGAUUGUGUUAUAAUUGUUAUAAAUUAAUACUGACUCCCAGGAAUGAUCAAAGUUUCACUUCUCCUUACGAUUCAUAUAUUUUGUCUUACAAACAGUUUAGGAGAUUAGACAUGCUUAUCAGCCAGAGUGUUUUCUGAUAGAACACCAUAUUAACCAGUCUCAAUCAGAGGGAAUUGCAUGUCCGUCAGAAGAGAGAAUUACCGCUUGGAUCUGGGAAUUAAAUGGUCCAACCAGAAUUAGUAAACAAGACGACUAUUGCUAUGAAGACAUCAAUUUAAAUAACUGCUUGUUUUUUCCUCAUUUUGUUAAAAAAAGGGUUGGGCUAUUUAGUGGUAUCACUCUUGAUUUGAGCAAAAUUGUAUUGAAAAAAA